AUUUCACACCAGUUGUAUUUUUUAAAUUUGAGGUCAAAUUGAUUUUUAAUUUUUAAUACAAAUCAGUUAUAUAAUACUGUAGAAAGAUUGUUUUGCUAAACAGAGGCUUUUAGAAAAUAAGAUGACUUAAGUUUCUUAAUGGUUGGAGAUCCAACUGAAAUAAUUGAAGACACCAGGUACGAUCAACACCAAACAGUGCAAAAGCUUGAUUUGGAGAUACCAAGUAGAACUCUUGAAUAUACCACAGGGGAUGUUGUGAGGAUAAACAUGCCCUUAACACCAAGUUCUACUCCCAAAAGAGUGAAUUUCUCACCUCUUCCCAGCCCUAAUUUUUCCAUAUUGGAUGAGUCCCCAGGUCCUUCAAUAUCAAAAAAUAAAUCAGUCUUAAGGAGCUUCCUUCCAAAAUUAAGUUUCAAAUACCGUAAUACUACUUUGGACAUUGAGAAGGCUGCCGCCUUAGCUUUAGGAGGUUCAUCUGGAGAGACAAGGGAGAAGACACUCAUUUCCAGGACAUUCUCUUUACCCAAGCUUUUCACACCAAGAACGAAGAAAACAUCAUCAUUACCUGUUACACCAACUGUUCACUCAAAUCCAGAGUCCAUGCAUGGACGACAGGAAGCAAAUAACACACUUUCUGCUAAAGGAGAGGCAAGACCACCCAUUCAUCGUUCACGCUCAGUUCCUGUGCUAAACAAAGAUGGAAGCAUAACAUGGAUGGAUUCUUUAGGUGGUUUAUUUCGUGUAGUUCCCAUGACUCCACGAGUUGCCAAGGAAAGUGCCACAAUGACAUCAAAUGUAUCUCCUGAAAAUGAUACUGAUGGAAAUGAUGAUGAUGGUGAAGAUAUUGCUGAAGAAGAAGCUGUUUGUAGAAUCUGCUUCACUGAACUGGGAGAAGGUGGUGAUACGUUCAAGUUAGAAUGCAGCUGCAAGGGAGAACUUGCCCUGGCCCACCGAGAAUGUGCCAUAAAAUGGUUUAGCAUUAAAGGUAACAAAACAUGUGAUGUAUGCAAGCAAGACGUUCAAAACCUACCGGUUACCCUUUUACGAAUUCAAAAUGUUCAGGCUUUGAGAGGAAUUAGAGGUCGGCAAGCUGAGUCUGGUCAACAUAGGAUCUGGCAAGACACACCCAUUCUUGUCAUUGUCAGCAUGCUUGCUUACUUCUGUUUCCUUGAGCAGCUUCUGGUGUCAGACAUGAAGGCUGGUGCCAUUGCCAUAGCACUUCCAUUUUCUUGUAUGUUGGGUCUUCUUGCUUCCAUGACGUCAACAACAAUGGUAAUGAGAAAAUAUGUCUGGCUUUAUGCUACUAUUCAAUUUGGCCUGGUGGUUCUCUCUGCUCAUCUUUUCUAUUCAUAUCUUCUUCACAAACAGGCUGUGAGUUCUAUUCUUCUCUCCACAUUCGUCGGGUUUGGGAUGACAAUGUUUGGAACUUCUGUUCUUUAUGAGGCUGUCAAAUGGUGGAGAACAAAUGAACUACCCUGGAGAACUCCGCAUGCUCAAUCAAAUGAACUACCCCAGUAACAGAUAAAAUCCAAACCACCAUGAAACUGAAAAAAGAUGUGUUCAGAAAGCAUGAAUGGCACUUUGAAGUGUAUAUCUUUUUAGUGGCAUAGAUGAAUUUUAAGUUUCUGUUGGAUAAAACAAUCACAAGUUGAAUAAUUCCUCUGAAGUUAAUUUUCAUAAUGCUUGCAUUUAUUCUCGCCAAACAUGCAGUAUAACAGUCUUAACGC